UCUAGCAUUACGGUAUAUUGUAUUUCAGGAAGAUUUCACAUAAUUACUCAAAGACUUUUAAGUCAAUAUCCCUUCACCUAAAUAGUUAAGCACAUAGGCUAUGGAGGGACUCACCCGCAAGAACAAAAACCACCCGAGUACGGCGUGUUAUGGAGAAAGAAUUACAGUGUUGAGCAUUGAUGGAGGAGGAGUUAGGGGAAUCAUUCCAGGAACCAUAUUAAGUUUUCUUGAAUCAAAGUUACAAGAGUUGGACGGACCAGAAGCUCGACUUGCAGAUUACUUCGAUACGAUAGCAGGGACUAGUACGGGAGGCCUAAUGGCGACCAUGUUAACGGCACCGGACCAACAUGGCCGUCCUCUUUAUGCUGCAAAGGAUCUUGUUCCAUUUUAUCUUGAACACAGUCCCAAGAUCUUCCCCCAGCGCAAUGAAGUACUAUCGCUACUAAUGAUGCUGUGUGGUCCAAAAUAUGACGGCAAGUAUCUAAGGAAUCUGAUCCGAGGGAUCUGUGGGAACCGAACAUUCCAUCAAACUAUAACACAUUUGCUUAUUCCCACUUAUGACAUCAAGACACUUCAGCCCCAAGUUUUCUCUACAUAUGAGGCAGAGUUGGAUCCUGGAAUGGAUGUUUUACUAUCAGAUAUCUGCAUCAGUACUUCGUCAGCUCCAGUUUAUUUUCCUGCUUACUUCUUCAAAACAAAAGAUUGUGAUGGAAAUGAUAGAGAAUUUAACCUUAUCGACGGAGGCAUUGCGACCAAUAACCCUGCACUGCUAGCGAUGAGGCCAACUGGAGCCAAUGCAAAACUACUGCCAGCAAAUGUCCUGGAUUAUGGCAAGUAUCUAGUUCUAUCUGUAGGAACAGGUACAUCGAAGUCACAAAGGAAGUACAGUGCAAUCAGAGCAGCUAAAUGGGGACUCAUUAGUUGGCUUUGUAAAGAUGGAAACUGCCCUUUGGUGGAUGCGUUUACUUUUGCCAACGCUGAUAUGGCUGACCUUCAUUUGUCCUUGCUUUUUAGCACUGCUGGCCAUAUUAAAAAUUACCUUCGUAUUCAGGAUGAUAAUUUAAGCGGAGAAGCAUCAUCAACUGAUAAAGCAACGAAGGAGUGUAUGGAGGAGCUAGUGAAGAUUGGUAAAGACAUCUUGCAGAAGCCUAUUUCAAGGAUGAAUCUCGAAAGCUGCAAAAAUGAAGCUGUUGAAAAUGAAGGAACAAAUGAACAAGCUCUUAUCAGAUUUGCAAAGGUGCUUUCAGAGGAGAAGAGACUUCGCACUAAAAGGAUGAAGGAGAAGGUGGACUUUUCUAAUGGAGAUGCAUGAACAAGUAUAGAAUAAGCAAAUAUAAAUUGUCGUCCUUCUAAGAGAUGAUUAAUUUCUCGUUUAAUGUAUAACUAGUAUUAGUACCGUGCAGAUGCGCGGACACUAAUCAUGUCAAAUAUUUAAGUUGUUUGGAUUGUAUUUAAAUUGUUUGACCAAAAGUUAUCGAGAUCUUUCUGGUUAAA